AUGUCCUCGCAGGAAGAGGGGGAAGAGGACAACAAGGCCAAAACAAGUCGAAAAAAGUCCAACUUGGCUCUCAACGGAAAGGUCAAAGCCGAACCUGGUCUCAAGCUUGAGCCGACUAGCCCAUCUUACACUCGUCCCCGUCCCCGGCCAAAACAGAAGUGGAAGGGUAAGGGGAAGCAAAGGGCUACCUCUGUAUCCUCCUCAGGAAUCUCUAUCGUGAGCGUGAUCGAUUCAGAUGAUGAGCAGUCUGCUCCUGCUUUGGGAAAACUCCUCUCGAAAGUCGCCCAACAUCCAGCGUUUGGCGCACGAUGGCUGUCGAAUCAGAAACAACGGCUUAGGUCUCACCUUGACUUGGCGAACUCGUUAGGUGGGGUUGAUAGCAGUAACCCAACCUCAACUGGACGAGCCGAGUCUUCUUACGACCAGACUGAGUCAGGUUCGGGCGCAGGCCCCUUCGACGGCACCGAAUCGUUCUCGUUUGAACGCUCGGCUGGAGAUCAGCAAUUGCUGGAGAGCAUGGGACUCCCGCAGGUCGACGAGCAUAGUCAGACUAGCGACCAUUUCCUUGAUGAGCUGGACCCCAACUUCCCGUUCCAGUACCUCGACAUGGACGCACAGGGCGCAGUCGAAGCAACCCAUGAUGGCAAUCAGAGGACUUCAAUGGAACCAGGAAAUGUUUCGCAUGAGAUUGGUCCAGCAAACGUGGACAACAACGCCUGUCCUGCUGAGGAGACUGUAUCUUCUAAAGCGUCAAAGGAACUUGACCCUUCUACCUCUACUGCUGCUGCUGCCACUUCUACCUUGCAGCAAAGGUCCGGAGGCGGUCGCAAGAGGAAGCACGAGGCAAUGAACUCUACAGAUCUUCCCGAGAGCUCAGCAGCCGCAAGGACACGUGCUGCAAAGGCUUUGGAGCAACAACAAGCAGUGGGCAAAGGGCAACGAAGGAAAAGGCUGCCGGCCAAGCUUCAAUAG